GGCUGCGGAGCGCCAUCGCCCCGGCCGCCCGGAGCUGCAGGUGCUGCGGGCGGCGGCUACCGGGCGAGGCCGGCGGAGAGGACCCCCAAUGAGUCCACGCUCGACCGGAGCUCCCUCUGGGCGCGCGGCCCCCCGGCGGCGGCGGCGUGUGACCCGGGCGUAAGUGUUUCUGCGGGCCCCGAGGCUGCUUGGAGGCACUCCGCCUGGGCCAUUAUGAAGCCCGCAGCGUUGGCCGAAGCAGCAUCUCCGCCGAGGGGGGCCGGCCCGAGGGCUCCGUCGGCAGUGGCGAAGGGGAGAAGGCGCGCUGCCGCGGUCGCUUUGCAGGGAGUGUAGGACUUGGAGGGCCCGGACCGCUGCCCGCGGUCCUCGGGUCGCCUGGCGUCCAGGACACAGUUCUCCUCCCCCAUCCCCAACAUCGAACAUCGACGGAGGGCUGUCACCUGGGGAAACGCGGGCCCUGCAGCCAUGAAGGCAGAGACAGCGCCCCGGUCCCCGGAGACGCCACCCGAGUCCAGCGGUAGCCUCAAUCUGAUGAGCAGCCGCAAGCUGAUAGCUUUUGGAGUCUUGCUCGGCUGGCUCCUGGUCAUCCACCUUCUGGUCAACGUGUGGCUUCUGUGCCUUCUGUCUGCGUUGCUCGUGGUGCUGGGAGGAUGGCUGGGCUCCGGCGCCAUCGUGGGGGCUUCGGGUCAGCUGCACCUGGAGCGCUUCAUCCCAGUGGCCACCUGCCCUCCGUGCCCGGAGGCGGAAAGGCAGUUGGAACAGGAGAUCAACUGCACCAUCCAGAUGAUUAUCCGGGAUUUUGUGUUGUCCUGGUAUCGUUCGGUGAGCCAGGAGCCAGCUUUUGAGGAGGAGAUGGAGGCAGCAAUGAAAGGGUUGGUUCGGGAGCUUCGGAGGAGGAUGGGCCUGGUGGACAGUUGCGCCCUUGCCCAGAGAAUUCUGACCCUCUGUGGUUGUCACCUGCAGAGCUACAUUCAGGCCAAGGAGGCCACGGCAAGGAAGCAGAGUGGUCCAGUGGAGCCCUCCCAGCUCUGGGAGGCUUACUCCCGGGCGACGGCACCACAUCCUGCCGUGCAUAGCCCCAAUGCUGAGGUCACCUACACCCGUGGCAUCGUGAGUUUGUUGCUGCAAGGGCUCGUGCCCAAGCCACACCUGGAGACGCGGACUGGACGCCACGUAGUAGUGGAACUCAUCACUUGCAAUGUAAUCUUACCGCUGGUCAGCAAGCUGUCCGACCCUGACUGGAUCCACCUCGUGCUCGUGGCUGUCUUCUCCAAGGCCAGAAAUGACCCAGCACAAGUGGCUAAGCCACUCUGCCCAGCCUGUGAUCCGGAGCAGCCAGCAGUGCCCACAUCUCUGCCGCUGAUUGUUGAGGCAGAGAGCCGGCCGGAAGGGAGAGCCCCUUCUCCAGUAGCUGUCCCAGUGCUCGUAAGCUGCAGUGAGCCAGGCCCGUCCCCAGAGGUUGAAGAAGGCCAUGAAGCCGUGGAGGCAGAUUUCAGCGGCAUCCUUGAAGAAAGGAAAGUGGGAAACAGCUCGCCUCAUUUCCUGCAGCCGGAUAUUAGAGGCCCCCUGUUCCUGUGUGAAGACUCAGAGCUGGAAUCGCCGCUGUCUGAACUGAGCAAGGAAACCAUCAUGCUCAUGACCCCAGGCAACUUCCUGUCGGAGAGGAUCCACGAUGCCCUGAAUGCCCUAGAGGAAUCCCAGGUUCUGGAGCCCAAGGAUGGCGAGGGGUCCGAAGGCGUUGAAGGAGCCGAGGCGGAGGAGGGCCCGGGGACAGACACAGAAGCAGGCCUGCUGGUCCCCGCGCCGAGCUCUUGCCCAGAGAUCCAGAUUGACACAGCAGACAAGGAAGCCGAGCAGGGAGAUGCCACCUCCCUCACAGCUUUUGGGGAGGAACAGGAAAAGACCUGUCCCCCCCGACCCUCCUGUCUAGAGAAGGAUCUCACCGACGGCAUGAGCUCUCUUGAUCCUGCGCUGCCACCAGUUGCGCUCUCCUGCUCUCCACCCGGUCCUCUCAGCUCAGCCACGUUCAGCUUUGAGCCUCUCAGCAGUCCAGAUGGCCCCGUCGUUAUCCAGAACCUUCGAAUUAGUGGCACCAUUACGGCUCGAGAGCACAGUGGCACCGGCUUCCACCCAUACACGCUCUACACUGUGAAGUAUGAGACAGCUCUUAAUGGUGAGAACAGCAGUGGCCUACAGCAGUUGGCCUACCACACUGUAAACCGCCGCUACCGGGAAUUCUUGAAUCUGCAGACUCGACUGGAGGAGAAACCAGAUCUACGGAAGUUCAUCAAAAAUGUGAAGGGUCCUAAAAAGCUCUUUCCAGAUCUUCCAUUUGGAAAUAUGGAUAGUGACAAAGUAGAAGCCCGUAAGAGCCUUCUGGAAUCAUUUCUAAAGCAACUCUGUGCCAUUCCUGAGAUCGCUAACAGUGAGGAAGUACAGGAGUUCCUUGCUCUGAACACAGAUGCUCGAAUUGCCUUUGUCAAGAAACCAUUCAUGGUCUCUAGGAUAGACAAGAUGGUGGUGAGUGCUAUUGUGGACACCUUGAAGACAGCAUUUCCUCGCUCUGAACCCCAGAGCCCCACAGAGGAGCUGAGUGAGGCCGAGACUGAAAGCAAGCCCCAGACGGAAGGCAAGAAGGCUAGCAAGUCCAGACUAAGGUUCUCAUCUAGCAAAAUUGCUCCAGCACUGACUGUCACCGAAGCACACGACAGGGUUCUGUAUUGUCUCCGCGAAGGCAAUGUGGAGUCAGAGGUCCUCUCCAUGUCUAGGAUGGAAUCCUUUAUUGAAAAACAGACAAAGUUACUGGAAGUACAACCAACAGAAACCCUAAAUAAAGGUCUCAGACGAACCUCCAAAGAAUAUGUGGAUGGUGGCUUGUCAGGUGCAACAGUGCCAGCCCGAGACCUCAGUGACAGUGAUCCAGGGACAGAGACAGAGUUAGCUGACACAGCCUUGGAUCUGGUCCUGUUGCUGUUAAUGGAACAAUGGAAGUGGCUAUGUACCGAAAACAUGCAGAAAUUUCUCCGGCUUAUCUUUGGGACCCUGGUUCAGAGGUGGCUGGAGGUGCAGGUCACUAACCUAACAUGUCCUCAGCGCUGGGUGCAGUACCUCCGCCUUCUUCGGGAGUCCAUCUGGCCAGGUGGAGUUUUGCCCAAGUCUCCCCGGCCUGUAAGGACCCAGGAGCAGAAGGUGGCUACUGAGAGUCAAGCUUUGCAGAGCCUGAUGGAGGUCCUGCCAGAUUUUGUGGUGGAUAUCCUGGGGGUGAACAAAUGCCGGCUGAGUUGGAUUCUGGUCUUGGAGUCCCUGCAGCAACCCCUCAUCAACAGGCAUUUGAUUUACUGCCUUGGGGACAUCAUCCUGGAGUUCUUGAACCUCAGUACCUCUGUUGAGGAGUCUUCCACAGCCACCCCUGCCUCAAAUACCCCAGGCAUCCCCAAGAAGAUGGGGGUACCUCCAUAGCCAUAGACGAAUCACAAAGACCAAGGAAGGAGUCACCGAGCCACCCAGAGACCAGUCAGGAAGCCUGCGCCCUCCACAACUAGGUUACAGCUCAGGAGGCCUGAGGUCCCAGUGGCUGAAUUCCCCUCCAGCUCUGCUCCAUUUGUAGUGGGCACUGGGAGAUGUACUUACCAAUUGCAUGCAUAUCCUUUUCCAUAGCUUUUUUUGUGGUGUAUGGAUUGUUACUGGUGGAUAGAUCCUGGUUCCUUUGGAAAAGGAAACUGUGAGGUAGAGGAAUGAGCCCCCUUUGCCCUCCUUUCUAAUAUUAUUUGCCAAAAGGCUGGCCCCAUGCACACAUGUGCCUAAUCGGCCAACACACAAGCUGUGGAUAGAGCAGGAAAAAAACUAUAGCCAGAUUUCUGUGGAAGAGAAAAGAAUCUUUGAGUUCUCUGUUCCCACCUGGAAAGUGCAGAUUCAUUCAGGCCACUCUUGAAAGGCAGACCCCUGGGCGCUCUCUGGAUUCCCAGCAGUCCCAGCAGAAGAGGGAGGGAGAUUUCUCAACGACGUUCUCUCAUUGAGGAUUUUCCAAGACAUGUCACGAAGGCUGCUUUUCUGAGUGGCUACACUUUUCCUGUUGCCAAGGCUUCUGGUAGAUCCACCCCACCCUCCACACCCUUUCCUGCAAGGGAGUUGCACCACAGACUUUCUUUAUUAGCUUUCCUUCCAGCCCCCUGCCCAAGAGCAGUUGGAGUUCUGAAUGUGUGGCCCUCCUUCUGUCUUCAACAGAAUCACAUGGCAAGUUACACAUGCAGCCGCAGUGUUUCCAGGGACAAGAGGAAGCACUUGCUCCACAGCCGAGAAUGCCCAAAGAACAGGAAGCGCAGAGGAUGAGGGGGUCUCCCUUACCAAGGCUCUGACAGGAAACUGCAGGGAAGAGCUGCCGCUCCCUGCUCUUUCGGGGUCUGAUUAGUCUUUAGAACACCAGCGAUGCAGGCAGAGGUGUUCUGCCGGGCUACAGUGUCUCUUAGGAAGAGGGAACCAUUCGGCAGGUGCAAAGGAGCAGGUAGAAAGUCACAGGACAAGUGCUGCUCCUAAGUGCAUCUGAAUGGCUGGCAACAGGGGCUUCAAGGCUGUUGCUGGGCCACUUGGCUGACCCCUCAGCCCUGUAGCUUCUGGGGCGCCUCCCAGCCCCCCGCUUCUUCCGAACUCAGAUCCUCCCGCUUGGAGGAGGGCCUCAGAGUUAGACUGAUGAAAAUGGGGUAGAGCUUUAAGAACAAACCCCAAGUUUCUCUUAGACUCUGAAAUAGGUGACGAGCGUACAAUUAAAAUGGUUUAUAGGAAAAAGUUGUGAAAUCUUUUCCCUUUUUCUCCUCUAUGGAAGUGUGUGUGUAUGUGUGUGUGUGUGUGUUUCAGGGUGGGGGGUGUUUCUUUUUGUUUUGUUUUCCAUAAAUUGUGUUCUGAUAUAAUUGGGUAGCUUAGAUGUGCUAUUCUUACUGAAAGGCAAAGAAAUGAAUGAGGUCUCAUGGUUCCUUCUAGCCUUGAAAGUUGAUUCUUACCAACUUUCGGUUGUUUUCACCUUACGGUUCCAAGGCUCUCGAAGAGUCUCCCACCGUAGACGUUCACAGGCAGAGGUAACUUGGCAUCUGUACCUUCAGUGGAUGGCUGCAGGGGUAUGGAAUCCCUGUGGGACAUAUUCAAGUUGAUGCUUCAGCAGGGGUCGUUCUCUUCUCGGUAGGUGGAGGUGAUGUGGGUAGCCCUGCUUUCUGGUACCCUUCUCCCCACCCUUUCUUCAUGUGUACUUAGCUGCCUGUGUUGCUUGGAAUCUGUUAGGAUCCUGGCUCCGAUGUGGCACAAAAUCAGAAAGUAACCUGACACACCAUGAAAUCCCUGUGACUAUACAUUCUUAGGAAUCUUUUGACACUUCUGCCUGAAGGGCUUUCUUAUAUUUCAUGUUAUGCAAGAGACCCCACCUCCACUCUACCUGCCCUCGAAAGAUAAGCUAUCCUCAGACCCUCCUACCCAGGAGAGAAACAGUGGGUAUCACCAAGGAAACAAUCAAAACCCAUCUAGCUUUGAGAAGAUCUCGCCAGGUUUGCAUGGCAGGUUCAGACAAGAAGAGAGAACAGCAUUUGGGAGAGAGCCCCAGGUAUCAGGAAAAGGUACUCCCACCUGGGAAAUGACUCGUGCAAGGAAGAAUUGGACUCUCACCCAGAUUUUCUUCAUUUACAUCAGAAUGUUAAUGUUCGAAAUAAGACUAAAGCCCUAUUCCCUCAUCCUGCUAAAACUCUCAAAAAGAAGAGAGGCAUGCUGUGUUCUUUCUGUCUCUGUCUCGUUCUAAAUGUGCUCUUUCCCAUUGCAUGUUUGGACUUCAAGAAACUACACGUAUCCCAUCACUCGGAACCCACUU